AUGGCUUCAACUUCACAUGGCCAUGGCGGCGGCGCCGCACGAAUAAAAAACGCAGCUUCAACCUUCUGCUCCGAUUCUCAGCCUCUCAUUGCUGAUGUCCGUAAAACUGUGGGUUUGAUGAAAGAAAUUGCAGUUGAAUUUGAAAAGGACAACCUUUCUGAUAAGGUGAAGGAGCUGGAAGAUGCGGUUGUUGAGUUAGUGGAACUAUCUGAACGCAGUGUGCAUUUUUCAUCAGCAGUUCAAGCUGUUGCCCACAGAUACCAGCCUGCAGAAGAGUUGACAAAUUUUCAUAAAUUGUUUGAGGAUGAAGUUUCCCAGUUUAAAGCCAAUCAAACUUCUGAUCUUACUAGACAUCCCUUAAUACGCCAAUUUAAGGAAGCUGUGUGGAAUGUUCAUCAUGGGGGACAGCCAAUGCCCGGUGAAGAGCAGGAGGAAAUUGUAAUGACCAGUACCCAAUCUAAUAUUUUGAAUAAUAAUUGUCCAUUGACUGGAAAGCCUGUUACCGAGCUUGAGGAACCAGUUCGCAGUAUGGAAUGUAGACACAUUUAUGAAAAGAAAGUAAUAAUGCGAUAUAUAAAGUCAAAGCAACAGCAAUGCCCAAUAUCAGGUUGCCCAAAGAUAUUGCAUGCGGAUAAGCUGGUGCAUGAUCCGUUGUUACUGGUUGAGAUUGAUGAAAUGCGCAAAAUGAACAAAGAAACCGACGUAGAAGAUUUUACCAUGCUUAAUGAAGAUGAGUGA